AUGGAAAGUAAUAACAACUUACCUUUUCAUGGGCUUAAGUUUUGCAGCACCUCUAUCAACACUGCUCAAAGAUCGACUUUGGCGUGGAAGAUUGAGAUGUUGGGUGGCGCUUUCCAUAACGAUCUUUUAGCUGAUACAAAUGUCCUGUUGGUUGGAAGCAUUGAUACUCCAAAAUACCAUUUUUGUGCCCAGAGACGAUUUGAUAUAAAAUUUGUUUUACCUGAUACAGUUAACACGAUCUAUGACCUGUGGACUCAGAACAAAGAAAUGGACUCAUCUAUUAUCGACAAUUUUCUCCUGAGCCCAUUCCAUGGGAUGUCAAUAUGUCUUUCUAGGCUGUCCAAUGUCACUUCAUCUCAAUUCCAUCGAGAAGCCAUUGCCAAGAUCAUCGUUGAUUUAGGAGGUAACCCGACUGAAUCUUUAACACCCUCUCACAAGGCUGUCGUCAGCAUUGAAAAGUCAGGUAAAAGAUAUGAAAAGGCAAUCGAAUGGGGGAUUCCUGUGGUCCAUCCCAAAUGGGUUACUGAUAGCGCCGAACGAGGAGCUGCACUACAAUGGAUGUAUUACGAUAUUAGUACAAUAGAUCCCGAGAUGAUUGGACACGGCAGUUGUCUAGUUUGGGCUGACUUGGAUCGAUCAGAGUUUGAAAAGGGGCACAUAAGGUCAGCAAAUGGCACUUUUAUUUGCGAUAGGAACGCCGAACCGGUCCUCCAAGCACAGCACAAUUCUUCUCAUUCUCACAACUCCUCUCAUCGUGCUAAUCUCUUCACCGUUAGUGCUCAUAGUACCAGUCUCAUUUUCAAGCAAAUUGGAUUUCACCUUUGUGGAUUUUCUAAAAACGAACUAUUGAAGUUGACUUCCGUAAUAUCGGAUGAAGGUGGUCAGAUUGUGUCUGACAUUAGUGCAAAUAUCAUAGUCGUGCCAUCCAACUACUCUUAUACCGAUGUUCCUGCAAAAGUCAAGAGUCUUGCAGACUCGAAGGGGAUCAAAAUUGUCAAUGAGUGGUUCAUCGAAAGAAGUUUACAUUACUCGAGACUCUGCUUUGAUCAGUGGUCGAUACCUAGAGUUUAUGCCAAUCUCAAAUUGAAUCUUAAAAUCUCAUUCUCAGGUUUUGGAGGUAUAGAGCUUGUACACGUUGAGAAGGUGCUCAAAUCUAUUGGUUGCUCUCCCACUCGAACUCUUUACCAGACCAGUGAUCUCUUGGUCAUCAACAUAAUGAGCAUAGGUCUCACGGAAGAACAUUUCCCCUUGUUUUUUGAACAUGACUACAGAAGUGUACUAUUAGGUCCCUGCCCGUUGGAUUCAAAGACUUCUUCAUCUAAAACCAUGAACAAGGUAAUAGCCGCUAGAUCAUGGGGAGUGCCUGUGGUUUCUUUGGCAUACAUCUGGAAGGUGACGGACACUGGAAAUUUGCCUGCCCUCAACGAUGGUUGUCUCUGCAUCUUUUCUCCAAAUUCAAUAAAAAGAAGGGCGCAGGGGCUGUCUUCUCACGAAGUAGAGAUGAUUGACACUGCACUGAAAAGCAUUAUUGAAAAUGCUACAUUAGCGCGCCAAGGAUUGCUUUCACAGGAUGGUUCUUUUGAAUCAGGUCCCAAUAACAAAAAUCCAAGUCCCAAAGUUAGUCAACUUGUAGCAUCUACAAAGCGACUCAAAUCCAUAAGAUUGGCAGGAAUGGCCCCGAAGUCGCGACUGAAAACUUUGGCAACCGCACAGAAAGAACCUCAACGUGCGCAUCCUGAUUCUCGAACCUCGAGGAAAAGAAAUGAGAUUAAAGUUUUAGACCUCCAAGCCUCAACGAGUCGAAGAAAGAAUCGAAUCACAGGAAUAGGAAGAGGUGAACAAAUUUGA